AUGACAGCUCGGGCCUGUAUGGUCUCUCGCUCCCUUCCCUUCUUGAUCGACGGAAUUGAAGACGAUACCGACCGACGCUUCUUGGACCACUUUGUCUACGGAUUCAGUCGCGUUUUGACAUUGAUUAAUGAUGACUCGAACCCCUUCAAGGAGAUACUCCUUCCCAUGGCUACACAACACCGGGGACUAAUGCAUUCGCUUAUGUGCCUAUCCGGCUCACACUUAUCGGGACUGGACCCAGAGCCGAAGUUUAUAGCCCGAAAAUACCACCAUUUCCAUUGCGCAAUCCAAGACCUGCAGCACAACCUUCUUAUUAAAGCUUCUUCAAAACCGAGCAACCCGGGAGAGGAUCCCGACCUUCUAGUUGAGGAUCCAAUAAUAGCAUCGACAAUAGCGCUCAGUUUGAACACGAUAUGUGAAGGUGAAACUAAGGGGGAGUACCGGAUGCACAUGGAUGCCGCAAAGCAUCUUCUGAAACACCAGAAACCGAGGAACGAGAAAUUUCGGCAGUUCAUUGUUGAAUUCUUUCAAUACCACGAUGUUUCCAACUCGGUCACCUCGCUGGACCGACGGCCGGCCCAUUUAAAUGGCGACCUUAGACUACCCGACUUUGUGCCACAUGCACAGGCGGGUAUGUUUCUGGGGGUAUUCGAUGGGCUCUUUAACUACAUUUCCGAGGUGACUAGGUUGAGGGACAAGAUCAGGCAGCGACACAAUGAAGGGUAUGAGCCAGCGGUUGACUACCAGAUACUAAGUGAGGCCGUCUCCAUCGACUCCGCUAUCCGGCUUUGGGAAACGUCCUAUCCGCCCAACACUGCGAACUGGUCUUUGGCACAGCUUUAUCGGCAGUCGACCUGGGUGUACCUCUAUCGUACCAUUCGCCCUUCGCAACCAGGUGACAAGAUAGGUCAAGUGGUGGAUGAUGGCCUGGCAUACCUGGAUCAGCUUCCACAGGACGCUGGCGCGUAUAGCAUUGUCCUGAUGCCAUUGUUCCUCCUCGGAUGCUCGGCGUUCUUGCAGCACCAGCGGGAGCGAAUCCAGAAAGGAUUCGAAACCCUCAAGUCAUACUCCAACCUUCGCAACAUCGAACCUGCAUUCAAGGUCGUAGAAAAGGUGUGGGAAGUCAUGGACUCCAACAUCGAAGAAAGUUGGGAUUGGGAGAAAAUCAUCAAUGAUAUGGAGAUGGAUUUUCUCAUUACCUGA